AUGGCCAUGGUUUGGAUUUUGGUGUGGAAUUUGAUUGCUAGAAAUGCAAUUGCUUCAAUAUCAAUAGAGGUUAAACCCGCAUUGGUGGAUUUUGGUACAUCAGGUGUAGAUGUCAGCUGUAUUGUUAAUGAUACUAGUCUCAUGGGGAUUUCAGUCAUUCAGCUGAAGAGAUCAGAAAACAAUGUUGUAUCAGUAACUAACAAAACCAAAAUAGCCUGGCAAGAUGAAGCGUUAGAAAAUAAAACGGGAGUGACAGUCAAUGCGUCAUUUACCAAUAUCAUGACAUCGUAUCUACGUUUAGAAAUAUCAAAAACAGUGGUAAGAUAUCCAGGGGAUAUGGGAAUAUAUCAAUGCAUUCUCAUCGCAACAACUGUAAAUGGUGAAGUAAAACGAUCUCUUUCCCAGCAAAUAGUGCUUAACAUAACAGGCUUUCUAGAAACGAGUACACAUCUAUAUUCCACAACAAACCAUAAAAGUACUGAAUUAACAGGUCAAAAAGGAUAUCAAGAAAACGGCACAGAAUCAUUUGUCAAUACAGACAAACCACUUUUGAAGAAACACCUUCUUCUUUACAGAACAAUAAUGAUUCCAAUAACCACUUUUAUAUCCUGUAUCUUUGCUUUUAUUAUUGCUCGAGAGCUUCAUUUACAUUAUUUUGUAUCAAAAACUACAUCGACAGCUAAAACCACAGAGAAAAAGUAUACGAAUGGUGUUUACAUCGUUUGA